CGUGUUUCAGUAUCGCACUGCGCAUGCGCCUUGGUAGCUCGACGGUUGUCAACACUUUAGAUGUGUAAAAUGGCGGAUCGCGGAGAAGAAGCUGAGAGCGAGGAUGAGCUGUACGAGGUGGUGGACAUCACUGAAUAUGCACGACGGCAUCAGUGGUGGAGUCGAGUUUUCGGGAGCAACACAGGACCCAUUGCUGAAAAGUAUUCAGUCGCCACACAGAUCUUGAUGGGUGGCGUAACAGGAUGGUGUGCUGGUUAUUUAUUUCAGAAAGUUGGAAAAAUUGCUGCAACUGCAGUUGGUGGAGGAUUUCUUUUAUUGCAAAUUGCCAAUCACAGUGGGUACGUGCAGGUAGACUGGAAGAAAGUAAAGAAGGAUGUUAAUAAAGCAAAAAAGCACCUGAAGAAGAAGGCCAGCAAAGCUGCACCAGAACUGAAUUCAUUUAUUGAUGAGUCCACAGAAUUUGUCAAGAGGAAUAUAGUUGUUUCAAGUGGAUUUCUUGGAGGAUUUCUGCUGGGUCUGGCAUCUUGAGUCACAGCUGGGCCUGCUAUACUAAUGAACACUUCCUACCCAGAGAUAUUUCAUGUGUUACAUUUUAUUGCUGUAUCAAAGAAACAUGCACCCAAGAAUGGUUACAGUAUUGUUUGGUUUGAGGCAGAGUUGGGAAAUAUAGUUGCGCCUCUCAGCUAUCAGCAUGGCUAGGAAAGAAAAAGCAAUGCUGUAGAUAAUAUAUUAACUGCUAUGCUAUGAGCCAUUUAAUGCCCAUUUUGAUUAGUAUUGUUGUUGAUAAGGUAGAAAUCUUUACACUGUUCCAUGACUAUUUAUGUUUCACAUAUCAUGGCGUGAGCCUGAGUUAAAUUGAAAUCAAAUAAUAAAUUGAUUUUAUAUGUGCUGCUUAUUUAUAUAUGUUUGUUUCUGACAUAAUUUUGUUUAUUUAUGAUGUAUUUUUCUUCAUACACAGGAUGUGUAAAUUCUAUCUGUGUCAAGUUUGAAAUGUUUAUGUGGUAACAUAAAAGUUACUCCACUCA